AUGGAAAGAAAAGAACAAAUAUCUCCAGAACUUCAAGCGAAAAUAGAUGAAGAACUUGCAAAAUAUGAGUCUAUAUCGAAAGAAACAGAGCAAUUAGAGCAAACUAUUCGUACGAAAUUAAAAACGUACGAUGAAUUAUUGACAUCUUAUCAAAACGCGCUUAAAAUCAUAGUUCCCAAGAUGGAAUACUGGGGAACAGAGCGUAAAAAGCGAGUUAAACAACUUUCUAAAAACUUAAAAGAGAAAUGGGAAGAUCCUGAAAAAAUGAUACGUACCAAUCCUAAAUACUUGCAAGAUGCUCAACUAUAUGAUGCUAUCGUUCGAAUUAGAUUCAAGAAAACACUACAGUUACAGAAUUAUUAUUCAGAUCGCAAUAAUUUUAUAAGAGAAAAGGUUAAUUCAAUACUUCUUUAG